AUGUAUUUAGUGUGGGAAGUUACAUACUGGGCAGUGCAGCUUGGGUUCAGAUAUUUGUUAUACAUGUGGUCGGCCAAGCCACAUUAUGUGAGAUUGGCCAUUGAGAGGUGGUGGAGGCGUAUUUCAGCCGACUGGGAUCUUGAGUCUUCGCCUGAUGCUGUUACAGGUGUAUUAUCAGUAUCUUCCCAUGAUAUAUAUGCAUUGAUAGAUCCAAGUUCUACGUUGUCGUAUGUUACACCUUUUAUUGUUGGUCGGUUUGGGGUGAGACCCGAGUCGAUUAAACUUUUUGAGGUGUCUACAUCCGUUGGUGCUCCAGUGAUAGCUAGGCGGGUUCGGGAUGUAGAAGCAAAGCCACUGACUCUUCAAACUAUUUCAGUGGUUAAUGAGUUUCAAGAUGUGUUCCCGGACGAGCUUUCAGGUCUUCCACCAAAGCGGGAGAUUAACUUUGCUAUUGACUUGAAAGGUGCCAGAUGUUUUUCAAAGAUAGAUCUAAGGUCAGGGUACCAUCAAGUUAGGGCCAAAGAGAAGGACAUUCCUAAGACAGCUUUCAGAACCAGAUACGAUCACUUCGAGUUUCGUGUGAUGUCAUUCGGCUUGACUAAUGCCCCAGCAGUAUUUAUGGAUUUGAUGAAUCAUGUAUUUAGACCUUUCUUGGAUCAGUUUGUGAUUGUAUUCAUUGACGAUAUUCUAGUCUACUCUAGAUCAAAGGUUGAGCAUGCAGAUCAUUUGCGUGCAGUACUUAGAGUUCUUCAGGAUCGGAAGUUACAUGCAAGGUUCUUUAAGUAUGAGUUCUGGUUGAACUUUGUGCCUUUCUUGGGGCAUAUUAUAUCAAAAGAGGUUAUCAGAGUUGAUACGUAG